AUGUUCAACUCAGGAGAGUGGGCGCACUCUGUCAACUCCCUGUUAACCUCUGUUACGUCCACCAAUGACUACCUGGACAAGUCUUUGGCUUCUGUUGUGGCGCGCUGUUGGCGCAUGACCAGUAAAGACAUAGCUCGUUGCCAAGAUCUCCCUCAGCCCAAGCCGUCUAAGAAACAGUUUGAGCAAUGGCAUGCUAUGGGCUGCAAGUUUGCAGCCAUAUUAGCCGGUGCUACUGUUAGUGGACAGCUGGUGAUUAGUAGAAUCAUCCCAACUAUUUCUAGCUUAUGCCAAAACCUGCCACUGAACAUGAACUGCAUGUUCGCACCUGGCGUGCUCAGUUAUUAUGGCCUUCCUGCUAAUAUUGAUUGCAAACAUUUUGAGGCUUCUGAUCAAAUUUUUAAGGCUAUCUGGUUCAAUACUUUCCAACUCUUGGAUCAUUGUCUAGAUUGUUGGGGAGUCUGUACAACAUCUUUAGUACACUUCCUGACUCCCUUAUCCGAUCUUGACAACAUCCUGCCUCAUUCUCAACCACCAUCACCAUCAUUACCACCAGUUGUCCUCCCUGAAAUGUAUGUGGUUAGCACAACAUUCCAGAAUAUGGCUGAAGGCAAUCGCCAAUACUCUGCACCACGGGAUCCUGGCGCUAACUACGAGUGGACCGAAUCAGAAAGAGAAAAGGCUAGUCGAGCCAUCAAGGUCACAAAUGUGGAGGACCUGACGGCCAAGAUACAGAAACAUUAUGAUGGGGGUGUUCGUACAAACCCCUCAGCAUACUUCUCUAUGCCAGAAUCAAUCCGCACCACUCUCCUGCCUUACUUCCAGUCCUGCCUAGGCUCCACCACAUCUCUACAUCAUGUAGACUCGGCUGUUAAAGGUGAAGGCUUCACGUUUCAAGCUCUACAUUUUUCUUGGUACAACCGCCAUUGUACAAAACUUGUCCCCUAUACAUCCAAGGAGAUUCAAGAUCAUGCUAACAUUUACCAGAAACUUAAAACUGUAUUUGCUGAUCUCUUUGAAUGGAUAAAUGAAAUGCUUGCUACUUAUCUACCUGCCAAAUAUUUGGUACUCAGACAACAUGCUGAGUCACUCCCUGGUAACAAUGCCUCUGCUGUUUGCCCAUUCUUAGGUCUUGUGGUCAAUAUCAAUGUUUCAACCAAGGCUCACAGGGAUGCCAAGGACAAACUCUUUUGUCUAGUCAUACCACUGGACGUUUACCAAUUGUUUGAUCCAGAGUUUGUCACUAAUAAUACUAGUGUAUAUUUGUUUGUUGUAUCACCUUUGAGAAGAAAGUUGAAAGCACAAGAUCUGGACAGAACAAAACUCAGGGGAGAUGCAAAUGCUGACAGGCUAGUAGUACACUUCCCAGAUAUUCGUCAGAAAGCAGCUCACAUGGUGGAUGCUGAGGAUGAUGAGGAAGAAGGAGACUUAGAUAGGCCUGACAUUGAUAGUGAAGAUGAACCUCUUCAUAAGAGGGCCAGAAAUAGCAUGGAAGAGGAACUAGAAGAUGAAGAUGAAGAUGCUCUAAUGCAGACCUUUAGAUGCUUGACAGGCAAAAGAAGAAAGCUCACAGCAAGUUACUCCCUCACCUUUAUUGACCCAGGAGUUGGACAAUCCUUGCUACGAACAAAUGGUCUCAUCAUUGCAUACCAAUCUGAAAGUGUCUGGUUGAUCAACGUUAACCGUAAAAUGAAUAGCAAUAGUUCUCCUUCAUUAACACCUUCCAGAGAUUCCAAGGCCAUCAUCACUAGCUUUAGUCCUACCAGCUCCAGGCUGGCUAAAGCAGGACAUUCUCAAAUGUGUGUCAUUCUUUCUACUGUGAAAGGCUUCCCAGGUACUGAUGAACAAGAUGAACUUGUUUGGAAUGCAAUCAUCAAAGUUGCCAGUUCUUCUUCACUAUUCAAGACUACCAUAGUAGAUUUGGAGAAUGCAAGGAACAAGCAGAAAAAAGGUAGAAUUGUCGAUUAUGUGUGGGCGGCUGCAGCUCAGCUUAGAGGUGAAGUCAAACAAAAGGCUAGGAUACUCAUUCUCUCAGAAUACACCCUCAAAAACAAGCUCUCAGAGGAAGUACAUACUAUAGGGGAGUGGUUGUUGAGUAGUAGAAAAGGUGUCUUUACAUUUGGUGGUUUGGAUGUUUUUCAAAAACCUUUUGGACAUCACAUCAUCAAGCUACUACUUCAGAUUCAGUGGUUUCAUAAAAAGGGGGAGGGUGUCCGCUAUCCAAGUGACUUCAAAGACUCACCUUUACCAUUAAUUGCCUUGACUGUUACAGCUAUCAAAAACUGUCUUCAUGAACUUGCAAAAGGUGUUCACACCACCUUGAAUUUCUCUGAACAGGUCUACAGGCCCAGGUUAGAAGAGCUACAAAGGAAAACUCCUAGGUGGUUUUUGCAGUUUUGUAAAAACACUUACAACAAUAUUCUUCAACAGUGUGAUUUACAGUGCUUGAAUGCACAAGAGGACAACUGGGAGGAUGAGGUUGAUUUUGUAGUGCUUGAAGAUUCAGCAUCCUUAUAA